UCCUGACCCGUGCUGUAAGCGUACCUGAACGAUCCGCGCGGAUUCGGUCCGUUUUCAGCUCUCCAAUACUCAUACCAAAACCGUACGUCUGAGCUUUGGACUGUUUUCCAUAUGUUGAGUCUAUAACAGUCGAGAAACGAAAGACGUGGGGGGAGCGUAGGCACCAUGCACGGCCGACCUCGCAAGCCGCAGAAACCAGUAGAUGACGCUUCAAUCGCCAAAGCUGCUAAGUUACGCGUUCUCCAAGCUCAGUUUUUUCAGAAUCAUCACGACAAAAUCUAUGCUAAGGAAGCGCUAGAGAUCAGUGCCAAGCUUCUGGAAACAAAUCCCGAAGCUUACACUGCCUGGAAUUACAGAAAGCUUGCUGUUGAGCAUAAUCUCCGAUCUGAAACCGAUCCCGAUGCCAUUAAAGCAGUUCUUGAUGAGGAACUCAGAGUCGUGGAGAGUGCAUUGAGAAGAAAUUUUAAGUGUUAUGGAGCUUGGCACCAUCGUAAAUGGGUUUUAAACAAGGGGUAUUCAUCAGUUGAUCAUGAGUUCCGGCUUUUGGAUCAGUUUCAAAAGGCUGAUUCUAGGAAUUUCCAUGCAUGGAGUUAUCGAAGAUUUGUUGCAGCAUUGAAAAACAUGUCAGAGGAGGAAGAGCUGAAGUAUACCACAGACAUGAUAGAGACCAAUUUCAGCAACUAUUCUGCAUGGCAUAAUCGUAGUGUUCUUCUGUCCCAUUUGCUGAAGCAGAAGAUUGAAGGAUUUACUCCAAGAGAGAAAGUUCUGACAGAAGAAUAUGAGCUUGUGCACCAAGCCCUCUUUACAGAUCCAGAUGACCAAAGUGGGUGGUUUUAUCAUUUUUGGCUUCUGGAUCAAACAGUUACACCAGGUGCUCCCGUACUGGUUUCUUCUUGGCCUGCUCAUGGUUCAGAUCUGUUUGUAUCCUUCAAGGGGAACUUGGAUGGUGGUGUUUCAUCUUCAUUCACAAGCUUCUGUUCAGAUAAAGGGGCUUUUCCACUAAUUAUUUAUUUUAAUCAAUCAGUUGGAGGAAUAAAUUCGUCUACAGUAACUGUUAAGCACUUGUUUGAUAAGAAUGAAGAUCUUAUCUGGGUGCCACUUGCUACAAACAACUCAGGAAAUGCCCAAGCUUGGGUAACAUUUCUGAGAUUUCCUGAUGUGAAAGAUGAUUCUUUGAAAGCUUAUCCAGUUGAGGUUAAAGUUGGUCACUCUCAAUGUGCAUUUACAGUGAGUUUACGUUCUAUUGAUUCAAAACAUGGUGAAGGAGGAUCUGACAUGGAGAUGAUUGUUUGGAAGGAUGACAGUUUUCAUGCAAGUGAACCUCUUCUUCUAAGCCCUCCUGUUGUUUCUCUUGAUCAAGCAACUACCAACAAGGAACCUGAGCAGAUAGAUUCUAGAUGGCAUGAGGAGACUCUAGCUAAUGAGAUUGCUCUCUUUCAGGAGUUGUUGUCAGAGAUAAACUGUAAAAUUGGGAAGCUUACACUUGCACGGUUAUUAAGGGCACAUGAUAAAAUGAUUUAUAAAAUGCCAUUUGCCGAUGAGAAGACUCAUUCUAAAGAAGUUCUUGAUCUAUUUAGCGACUUGAUGAAGUUAGACCCAUCUCAUUCUAGAUAUUACAAGGAUGAGCACAGCCUAGUCCUGAUGGAGCAGGUGGUUUCCAAUAGAGAGUCUUUGCUGACAUACUGCUGGAAAUACGGAGAAGCACAUCCUUCAUAUCUAUGUAACCCUAUCUGCCUGCGACUCAGUAAAUUAUCAUUAUCAAGAAUUGGUUCUUUUGAGAAUUUAUUAUGGGUCCAAAUGCUAGAUCUCAGCCACAAUGAACUUUGGUCAAUUGAAGGUUUGGAGGCAAUGCAACUUCUAUCUUGCUUGAAUCUAAGCAACAAUAAACUUCGUAGUUUUACUGCACUGGAGCCUCUGAAACUUCUCAAGUCUUUAAAGGUGCUAAAUAUAUCCUACAAUGAGAUCGGUGCACACUCUAUUGACACCUCAAGGUAUUUGUUCUCUUCUCCUUUGUCUCAUACAGUAGGUGACGAUUGGAAUAUUGAUGCAUACGUCACAGAUGGUGUCAAAAUGAACUAUUGGGAAGCGGCUGUCAUUUUUAAGGGCCUGUACUUGACUCAAUUAGAUGUAGUAGGGAAUGCAAUAGUUGACGAGAAGUUUAACUUAUUUCUGACACACAUUCUUCCUAGCCUUGUGUGGCUUGACGGUGAUAGAGUAUAUUAAUCUUUGAUCUUGUAUUUGAUAGUUCUGUUUUCCCUUUUUCUUUACCUGCCCUUUUCUUGAAUACAUGUUUGUCCUUUUCAUAUUGCUUCUUUACGGAGUUGUAACAUAUUAAUUACAGUUACAUGAGGUAACUUAUCAGGGAACAUUGUAUCAUUUUUCUGUAUGUGGAAUGAGUAUUGACCAUGAAACUAAUUUGCAUGGACA